GAAAAAAAUCGAAAAAACCAACUAUGACUCAGCACCAAAGGGAGCCUACCAAUGCAGACCGGUACUAUAUCUGUCGUAAUUUCAACAAGUAUUAUAUAAACUUCAAUGUUACUGGGGUGUAUAACAAGCGGAUUGAGGACGGGGCCAUUCGUGGAGCACUCCGUAGGUUAAUGUUGAAUAAUAGUACUUUUGUUUUGAAUGCAUUUCGAACAGGUUGUAUCGAGGAGGAUACCCAGAGAGAUUAUCGGAAUUUUAUAUUGAAGCCGGUGAAAGAGAUCAGGUACGAAGAUGUUGUUGAAUGGCGGGAGAUUAAAGAGUUCAAUGAACAGGUUUUGGAAGAAAUUGGAGAAAUUGAUUUCGAGAUGAAUGUGGAUAAGCCGUUGUUCAAGGUAUUGAUUAGCCAAUGCGGCGACAAACAGUAUGUUACUUUCCUCUGUGACCAUAUAUUAUUUGACGGUGGGUCGGGGGCAUUUUUCCAUGAAGAUUUGAUUAGAGAAUUGGCCAGGGGAGAAACAAGAUCCAGUGCGGUUAUCUUUAAUUAUGAGCAGGAUUAUGAAAAGUUGGCUCCCUUGAGCCCCCCCGUUGAUGAGAUCAGUGAUUUGUAUACCGCGUCGUUAAUCCAGAAGGUUAGCAUCAUUGUACUGGAGAUGAUUCCUGGGUUUAUCAAGAAUAUAUACCGUCGAUGGUUCAUCAAAGGAUUCCCUGACUUGAGGCAGAACCCAAUUUUCACUUAUAAGCCCAAGACCAAACUGAUACGAACCGGGUAUAAGAUGAUUAAGUUUGAUCCAUCACAAACGCAACGGGCAGUAGAGUAUUGUCGUAGCCAGCAAGUUACCCUUACGCCAUUUAUUGGAGCGGUGGGAUUAUCAGCAUUACAGGAUACUAUAAUCCCACGACUUGCCAACAAUGCCACGGUACAAUACUCCUUUAAGUCCAACCUAGUGUUUUCCGGGCGCCGGUUUCUCCCUGAUUACCGGUAUGGGGUAUGUGUCGGAUCAGUCGACUGUACUAUAGGGCCCAUUAAAUCGAUAAUUGAAACCACAAGAGUAUUCGCCAGACAAUUGAAAGGGGCAAUAAGUAACUUGAAGAGUAUCCAAAGAAUGGGGUUACUUGGAUUGGUUAACAUAAAGGAUUUCUUAUUCAAUAGAUUGGAAAACUAUUCAAAACUGACCUUGGAAGUAUCUAAUCUUGGAAUUAAAAGUCUUGUCAGCGGAGAAUGGCAGAUUGAGGAUUUGAUAUUCAGUCAAAAUAUCGGGAUAUCCCAUUACUUUGGCUUCCUGGUGGUGGGCACCCCCACGGGAGGCACCAAUCUAGUAUUGGGAUAUAUGAAGGAAUUUGACGACUUGGAACCAAACGCAUGGAACCAGUUUAUCAAGGACUUUGAAUCCAAAUUUGAUUACUGCGAAAAGUGAACCAAAC